GCUUCCGCUUCACGAUCAGCUUUGGAUCCUUGGCAAUAUGACACUUGACAGCCGCAAAACCUUUGGACAGUAUUAAACUCGUUCACGUACAGAUCCUGCGCGUGACAGUUCAGUGUUUUACUAAAUGUCUCUCAACAGUACAAAUUUUACCUCAGCAGAAAACAUGUCACAGACACGCUGCGACAAAGCGCAGGAAAGCAGUAUGACACGAGACUCGCCUCAGAUUAAACCCGAGUGUGUAUCCGGUCGUCGCGUGCGCAGGGAGUGGUGGCUUCACGUGGGUCUGUUGUGCAUUCCUCUGGUCGCUGUCUAUCUCUACAUUCCUCCUCCACAGCUCUCACCUGCCCUGAACACCUGGCGCUCCUCCGGACACUUCUUCACCUUCAGAGGCUAUGAUGCGUUCUAUAAAGAUUCAGUCGGUGUUGUUGGAAGUUCAGAUGUUGUCCUGCUGCUUCAUGGCUUUCCUACGUCCAGCUAUGACUGGUAUAAGAUCUGGGAUUCCUUGACUCAGCGCUUUAACAGAGUCAUUGCCAUUGACUUCCUGGGAUUUGGUUUUUCAGACAAGCCGAGACCACACAUCUACUCCAUCUUUGAGCAGGCAAGUUUGGUGGAAGCCUUGGUUGCUCAGUUGGGUCUGUCAGAGCAGAGGAUCAACAUCCUGUCACAUGACUAUGGAGACACUGUAGCUCUUGAGCUGCUGUACAGGAGUGACCAGAACAGGACCGGACGCAUCAUCAUUAACAGCCUGUGCCUCUCAAAUGGAGGAAUAUUCCCGGAAACCCAUUAUCCACGAUUAAUUCAGACAGUUCUGAAAAAUUCUGGCUUUAUUUCACCUGUACUUACUCGCCUCAUGAACUUCCAGCUCUUCUCUAGAGGAAUAAGUGAUGUCUUUGGACCGUACACCCAGCCAACAGAAGCAGAUUUCUGGGACAUGUGGACUGGCAUUCGCUUUAAUGAUGGAAACCUAGUCAUGGACAGUAUCCUUCAGUACAUUAACCAGAGACUGAAACACAGAGAGAGAUGGGUGGGGGCUUUAACCUCAACCUCAACACCAUUGCACAUGAUUUAUGGACCACUAGAUCCAGUUAAUCCACACCCUCAGUUUAUCCAGCUUUACCGGAAACUUGUCCAGAGAUCCACAGUAUCGAUUCUAGAUGAGCAUGUCAGUCAUUAUCCACAGCUGGAGGAUCCCGCAGGCUUCAUAAAUGCUUACCUCAGCUUUAUCAACUCAUUCUGAUCGAAUACCCUAAUACCCGUGUGUGUCCAUCAUAGGGCUGCACGAUAAAUAGCCUGUGAUAUCAUGCGCAUCUCGUCAGUAAUGCCGGUUCCUUGAUUAAUAUUAAAUCGUCAUCAGCUGCUUUCAGAUGGCGCAGCAUUAACUGCACAGAGCGGUAGUUCCCUGACAAGCUGGGUCAUAUCGCAUACAUAUCGUAGGCGAUACGUCAGCGAUAAUUAAUGUGAAAUUGCCCCGAUUGUCAGUAAACUAUGGCUCUGUGCAGUUAAUGCCGCUCCACUUGAAAGCAGCUGAUGGCGAUUUAAUACUAAUCAAGGAACCGGCCUUACUGACGAAAUGCGUGACAAUCAUAUGCGAUUUAUCGUGCAGCCCUAGUCCAUCUUGAGGAAAACGUUUACAUAAACACAGCAAAUGAGUAUUGUGAUCAAUACAGUUGGGUACACUUGGUCCAUCUUAAAUCUGGAUGAAAAUAAGCAAAUAUUUAAAUAAUCCUAUUGUAUAUGUCAUGUGUUUCAAUGCAUGAAACAAAUCUAAAAGUAUUGCAUCAGCUGACCAUGAGUACAGUCAGAGUUUUCUAAAACUGAUUUAAUAGCAAUAUGCCAAAAUGCAAAAAUAAAUAAUUUUUGAAGCUCAAAUGAUUACGUUUAAAUAAAUAUGUCUUGUGUAGAUAAAACAAUUCGUGCUUUGCAUCGUUUUUUUAUUGAUAAAGAAUAAACUGUUUUAAUGCA